UGGCGACAGAGUGAGACGGUGAAAUAGCCGUAACAGCUGCCAAUGACUGAUAAUGCUGUUGUUUAUUUGAUUUUGACGUGACAGCGGGAAGGCAAUAAUAUUUUCAUUGCGAUAAUAAAAACUAUGAAAUAUUAUUUAUUCAGAAAAUUACAAACCUAGAUAACCGUUACAACUUACAGUAUCAUUCGUUACAUUGAUAAAAUUUAGAUAAUUUGCCUUCUUUUUUUAGUAUAUACUUAUAAUUUAUGUCAUGGCAAAGGCCGAAACAACAACUGUUGGACUAGAAUGUUUGAACAUUGAUUUCAUGAGAUCAUUAGUGAAACAGUAUUCAGAAUUGGGUCAAUGGACAAGCGCAUUAUUUUGGGCAGACGCUGCUGCUGCAGCUGGUAGUGGAAAUGGUACAGCUAGUGGUGAUGAUAUAUGGCUGCUGGCCAGUGUGAUGUUAUCCCGUGGAGAAUUGCACCGUGCUGCUCAUACUGUUACCUCUAGAGGCUUGCACAGAGGACACUUGUUAUGUCUCGGUGUUGCGAUGAGGGCAUAUUUAGCUGCUAGAGAACCUGCAACAGCUAUCAACAUAAUAGAGGAGUGUGAACCAGGGUUACUUGAAGCAAAGAAUACAGAUCAGACACAUAAUCGUGCCCUAGCCGGUGUCCUGGUGUGGCAAGCCCGUGCUCUAUGGGCAUUGGAACGGCGAGAAGCGGGCGCUGCCGCUCUAUGCGCAGCACUACGAGCGGACUGCGCCUGUUAUGAAGCACUUGAUAUGUUACUGGAUCACCAUGCACUCACCCCGGCACAAGAGAGCGAGCUAGUAGAAUCUCUGCCGGUGUCGAGUCAGCUGGGCGCGGCGGAAGGGGCCCUAGUGAGGGCGGCGUACCGCGAGCGGCUCAACCGCUACACGCCCGCGCCCCGAGAGCCCAACGUCACACAACUAGACUGUCCUAUGAAAGCAGAUGUGGAAGUAUGCCGUUCCCGCACGGCCGAAGCCAGCAUAUGCCGCGCGCGUCGCUUAGCCGCCGGCUGCGAGUGGGCAGCGGCCCUAAAGCUCCUAGACUCUGUGGACCCGUGGUGUAGCGGUGACAUUCGUGCUGCUUGCCUCGUCGAACUACGGAAGAGUUCCGAACUGUUCGCCUUCGCGCAUACGCUUGUUGAUGCUUACCCGAAUAGUUGGAUAUCGUGGUAUGCGGUUGGAUGCUACUACUACCUCAUCGGCAAGAGUGAAUUCGCCCGUCGCUACCUCAGCAAGGCGAAGAGCUUGGAGCCGGGUGCCGGGUGCGUGUGGCUCGCAUACGGACACAGCUUCGCCAACGAAAAGGAACAUGACCAAGCGAUGGCUGCGUAUUUCAAGGCGAGUCAACUGAUGGGUGGUUGUCAUUUACCCCCGCUGUAUGUGGGUGUGGAAUGUUCCCUGCUGAACAACGCAGCCAUGUGCGAGCGAUUCCUGGCGAGAGCUGCUACGCUGCACAGCGAUUCUGAGGCAUCGUUAGAGAAACUGGUCGAGCGUUCAGAGGGCAGUUGUUGGGAACGUUUAGUACCAAUCGCGAACGAACCCCACGUCGCACACGAAGCGGGCGCGGCCGCGUUCAACGCCGGCGAUUACAACGCAGCACACAAACUACUCACGCGAGCUUUAGACGCUGCGCGAGCCAACAGAGAUGUCUGCCAGAAGAAGAGAUUCCACAAUUUCCAUUCCCGCCUGUGGAAAUAUCGGCGCCCCCGGCCCCCAGCCCCGCGCCUGCUACCGGUGACGUCACCAACACUUCCGACAUGAGCAUGAGCUUCGACUGAUCGCACCCGCGCCAGGAUGGCAACUACAGGGAUCAGAGACGGCCAGCGAAGAUCACUCGCGCCAUACAGAAGUAUAUAGCGCGCAACUACCGGUUAGACUAGUCUAAUAUAUUAUUAUCAUCAGCAUAAACAGAGGGAUACAAUUCUCAAAGGCAAUACCGAUCAGCUACAAUAUUCUGUAUCGAAAUAUGCGUUGAGUAAGAGCCUUAGAACUCUGUCAUCAUAUAUAAAAAUAUUCUCAUCACCAAACAUUGCCAGGCGGUCUCAUUUGUAACGCAUUUAUGGAAAUAUUAUUUUCCUAUUGUGUCGAGUAAUCGAGUUUUAAGAAACUAAAAAGUCGAAGUAUUUCAUUUUUAUGAAGUUAUUCAAGUAGUACAACACGCCAGGUUACCACAAAGUGUAAUUUUUUCUCAACAAGACUCUGAACCUUGAAGAAAAGAAAACUUGACAGAAUUCAAGGAAUUUAAUGAACUAUUGACAAUUUAUUUAAAUAUUGCAGGAUGUUUACUGCAAACUCGCUAUUUAAAAAAAUAAAUACUCGGGUUCGAUUCAGUGAGAAACUCUUACUCAUCGCUGACGAUAAUUAGAAGGCGCUGGUUUAUUGUUAAACAAAAGUUCACUUUAUAAAAAAAGAGAUGAAGAUCGAUAUUGUGUUAAUGAAAGAGAUAGGUAUUGCUUCUUUAUAAUGCCAAUGACACGUAUCAUGUAUCCACACAGCUGUCAUAAAAGUCAUUGUGUUAAGUAAUCAAUUUCUAGAGAUAUAGUGUAAAGUACCAAAUACCAAGAGAAGUUCUAUGUUAAGUAAAUAUUCCAUUACUAUGAACCGUCAAAGCCUAUAAAAUAGGAAAGAUGUUUCCAUAUUCUCACAAAAUAAAGCUGUGUACAGU